AACUUCUACUGAACAACAAACGUUGCACACUCUUUUCAACAGUUGGAUACAGAGAUGGCGAGCACUGAGCCAGAGCGUGAGAACCGUGAAGAGGAAGCUGAAGUCCACGAAGAUGAAGACACCGGAGCUCAGGUCGCUCCGAUCGUCAGGCUUGAAGAGGUUGCUGUCACCACCGGCGAAGAAGAUGAAGACGCUCUUCUCGAUCUUAAAUCGAAGAUGUAUCGAUUCGAUAAAGAUGGGAACCAAUGGAAGGAGAGAGGAGCUGGAACUGUCAAGCUGUUGAAGCAUAAGCAGACUGGCAAAGUUCGUCUUGUUAUGAGACAGUCUAAAACCCUUAAGAUCUGUGCCAAUCACCUCAUUUCGUCUGGGAUGAGUGUUCAGGAACAUAGUGGAAAUGAGAAGUCAUGUUUAUGGCACGCUACUGAUUUCUCCGACGGCGAGUUAAAGGAUGAGCUCUUCUGCAUUAGAUUUGCAUCUAUUGAGAAUUGCAAAACGUUUAUGGAGAAGUUCAAUGAAAUAGCUGAAAGCCAGCAAGCAGGGAAAGAGAGCAAAGAGGGCGACGAGGCAGCUGGUUUACUUGAGAAUCUCUCUGUCAAAGAUAAGAAAAGCGAGGAGGAAACCAAGGAAGCAGAAAAAGAAGAGCCUGCAAAGGAAGAGAAAGAAACAACAAAGGACAAGGAAGAAGACAAGAAAGCAGAGUGAUCAAAUUAAAAGUGUUUUACUUUAAUCAAUCAUAAUAUAAGAUAUAUAUAGAUAUAUUACUUGGCACUGAACAUGGUGGUAGCUUCAAAAAGGAGUUUUCUCCACUGUCGCCUCUCAAAGGUUUUCAAGUCUUUUGCGCUGUGUUAGAGAAAGAGAAUCUUUUUAAUUAUUUUUAUGCUGUUGUUGUGUAAGUGUUUUCGACUAUGAUCUAUGGUAUUUUUACACUCUCGUUUGGCUAAAGAUAACAUUUUUUUUUUUUCUCA